UUUGAUAAUUCAGAAAGCCGAUCCCGAAUCAAUCCUCGGCGCCCCAGAUGAAAGUGGGAUGUUCACUACAAUAUAAGUACAACGACAUCAUCCCGUAAGGUUUAUCGUCGAGUCUAUACAUAUCAGCCAAAGUCUAAAAGCAUCGAGAUGUUGAAGCUAUCCAUUAAUUGUGUACUGGUAUAUGGGCUCCUCCAGGCUCUAAUGCCUGGAGUAAGUGCUUCUCCAUUCGAAGAUUUGAAGCCAUGGAUCCCCAGUCCACCAACCCUAUCAUACACAAACCUUACCAGCCAACUGGACCAAAUCCUCACCAGAGGCUACCUCAAAGUCGGCACCACAGGCGACUACAAGCCCUUUUCCUACCUCGUGACCAAUACCUCCGCCCUCCCCAGUACAAACACAACAGCCAUCAACACAACCUACAUUGGCGCUGACAUCACCGCCGCGCAAUCCCUCUCCAACGCCCUCGGCCUCCCCAACCCCGUCCGCUUCGGCCAAACAGCAUGGGCGAACCUCACUACCGAUCUAGCAGCUGGAAAAUUCGACAUCGCAAUGGGUGGAGUAAGUCUCACUCUCGCACGCUCCCGCUCAGCAUUCUUCUCUACUGCUAUCCAACGAGUCGGCAAAACGGGUUGUAUCAGGUGUUCUGACUCUUCAAAAUACACGUCCUUAUCCACCAUUGAUCAGCCCGGUGUGAAAGUGGUCGUCAACCCAGGUGGGAGUAACUACACUUUCGAUGUGGCGAACCUGAAGAGCGCAAGGAUUGUUCUGGUGGAGGAUAAUAAUGCGGUGUAUGAAGCUGUGCUGGAUGGGACGGCUGAUGCGAUGAUUUCGGAUCUGAUUGAGGUGGAGCUGCAGCUGAAGUUGCAUCCGGGCGAGUUGUGUAUUGUGAAUCCGGGGGAGCCGUUCAAUUUUGAGGAGUUGGCGUAUAUGAUGGGGAGGGAUGUGGUUUGGAAGGCGUUUGUGGAUGCUUGGGUGCAUGUUAUGUUGGGGAGUGGGGCUUGGAAUGAAACGUUGACCGAGUGGAUGGAUUAUAAGUGGCCGAGUGUUUAGUCUGGAAGGUAACUAUUGGGAAGAUGUAUCUUUGGACGAGUUUGUAAGUGGGUUUAUCGCUGAAACGAGGACAAUGAACAGCAUACGGGCAAAUGCUCUGGCUAGAAAGUCACACUCCCAGCAUCAAGCUUGGGAGUGAUGUACAGGAGAA